AUGAUUGGAGGUGCAGGUGGCUGGGGUGGGAGACCCUAUCUGGGCCGACUACGAAGAGAGCACCGGAACGUGCGCAGGUCGUCUAGCUCGUCUUCAUCUGGAGCCGGUCCUAGUGGUCGCGCAAGCUACCUUGAAAAAGUUGCCGGAUGGGAAGGCCCGCUGAAGGCAGGACUUACUUCUGGCGCGCUGUCUGCCGUCGGCGACCUGCUGGCACAGGCUCUUAUCAGCCAGGCAGCCUCGCGCGAGGGCAGUCCCCUACCCGCUUACGACCCGCUGCGCACAGCGCGCAUGGCUGGGUACGGCUUCUCCUGGUACGGCCCCUGCCAGUACUACUGGUAUAACCUGCUGGACUGGCUCAUGCCAGUGAAGAACACCACCAACUUCCUGAGCAAGGUGGCCGCAAACCAGCUCAUCCUGGCGCCCAUCACCUUGAGCACCGUCUUCUCUUACAACCUGGCACUGAUGGGCAAGGCGGAGGCCAUUCCCAACAAGAUCAGAGACGACCUGUGGCCCACCAUGCAAAACGGUUGGAAGUUCUGGAUCCCCGCCGCCAGCCUCAACUUCUACUGCGUGCCGUUGAAGUACCAGGUGUUGUACAUGUCGGCAUGCGGCGUGCUGUGGACAGCCUACUUGUCGUACACAAGCAACAUGCCGACACCCUCGGAAAAGGCGGCUGCGGCAGCACCGGCGGCAGCGCCCGUAAAGAAGUCGUGCUGUAGCGGAAAGUGCAAGUGA